AUGCAGCUUUUUGUGCGCGGAGAAAAUCUCCAUACUUUCGACGUAACCGGUGGCGAGAGUGUGUUAGCUCUCAAAAACGAAAUAGCCUUCGCCGAGGGCAUCCCAGCCGACGAACAAGUUCUCUUUUAUGCUGGAAAGCCACUUGAGGAUGGAAUGAGUCUUUUGGAUUGUGGGGUAGCUGAUCUGUCUACUCUGGAAGUUGGCCUCCGCUUGCUUGGAGGUAUAAAAUUUUGUACUUUAUGUUGACGUAUAAACCGUUUUCAAAUAGAUGUUUUCGUUCUGAUCACAAUAAAUCCCAUUAUUCACCUCGUUAUUCGUUACCUUAAUACCGGCAGAAAACAUAUUACUUUAAGAAAGUAGCAAUACUUCAUUUACAUAACAUCUGUGUGCAUUCUUAUUGCAGCACUAAAAUAACCAAACGUUUGAAUGCACAUACUGGGAUGAACGCUUUACACUGGUUUUACUACUUGUCAAAUUCUUUGCCUCCGAGUUCGCUACCUUUGUGCUGGGCUUGUUGCCUAUUGUAAAAGUCCAAAACUUGCAACUUUGGAAGAGCAAGUUUAAAGGAACGAGAAAUAUUUUAAUUUUUUUUUUCCUAGUUGGAUUAAAGAAAUAUUUUUAAUGGUCUAGAGAAAGUAAUAUGUAGGGGGCGAUCCAUUCAACCAAAAUUCAGACUGGUCCGACCAGGAAAAGAGGACCACCUCAAAAGGUCGACCUGUUUUUUCGAAACUUUUCUGGUUGGACCGAACCGAUCCAUUGAGUUUUUUGGUUGAAUGGAUCGUGCCCGUACUGAACGUGUCGCGAACUAGGAUGUAGCGAAUUCAGCAAGUAGCAAAACUGGUUGUAAAUGUGUCAAAGUGAUGUUGUCUACAGGUAUUACAGUUAACCAACAACAGGAUGAAUUACAACCAAACGAAUGCCAUGUAAAAAGCUCCUAUAAGAGUUUACGGUCAAGUCUUGCCAGUAGAAGAGAUUUGCAACAAGACUUUUGUGUAUUCUUAUUCCGGACUAUGAUUAAUCGAAGACACUUGCAAUUUUGUUUUUUGCUGAUGUACAGUCUAACUUUGUAAUAGUAACCAUAUCAAAACAGUACACUGCAGUAAAUUAUUUCCUUGGCAAUAACUACAUUCUUGGGUGUUUCUUGGUGUUGCAGAAACCAUUAUUGGUUGAAUCGCUUUUGUGUUAUUGCGUGGGUAUUUUCAGGGUCUUUACAAUCUUUUGUAUUACGUCAUUUGGUGAUAGCACCUGUCCGCAACACCAAGAAACUACCACAUUCUUUUGGUGUGUGAAGACGGGAAGAAUAUUAUUCCUAACAAUUCAUGCCUAAGUUAAACACUUAAAGGUGUUUGCAGUAUAGUCACUGAUCAGGCUUGGUUGUUCAAAAAUGGUUCUUGCCAAAAUCUGUUCUCAGGGGUUUGUAGAAACUGUAUGGAACUCUUGGCAAGUUUCGUAGUGUAGUGAAGGUUCGCAGCAUAUGUAUUCAACGUAUGUUACCAGGGUUAGAACCUUAGCAAAAAGCUACACCUUACAGGGCUCGAAAUUCAAAAAUCCUCAGGUCGCCAGAUGUAAAUUUUUAGUUUCCAGUUUGAAUAAUGUAAAUGACACAGCUCAUAGUAUGGCGCCAUCCAUCAGAUUUGAUCGUUUGACUUUCGUUGGCCCAUUUUUUUAUGACAAAAGCAAAGCAAGAUAAGAUGAAAUUUUUGUUUUAACUUUAGUCGUUUAAUAAUUUAUUUUAAUCUAAAUUGUAGAGAAAAAAAACCAGAAUUUUUUGUUGCCAAGGAGAAAAUGUUAGUUUCAUUGGCGACCAUAUCAGUUGCAAAUUCGAGCCCUGCCUUAUAUGUUAAAUAUUUGUUCAACCUGAGAAUGGAAAUUUCCCCCUGACAAUUCCACUAGCUGUAGCUGUGAAAGUAGCUGCUUUUGGAGAGUAGUAUAAUUCCUAAAAUAAAUGUACAAUGGUAAUGUAUGUUGUGUUUACUUUUUACAUUACUUUUCUUCACUUUUAGGUAAGGUUCACGGGUCCUUGGCCCGUGCUGGUAAAGUAAAAGGCCAGACACCCAAGGUAGGUCGCUGUGCUGUAAAUCAUGCAGUUGUACAUUAAGCUGGUUGAACUGUGGGGGAUCUUGAUUUCUCUCAAUUAGUAUUCUAUUCUGCUACUUAUAAUUAACCAGUCAGUGAUAAAGAUGGGAGUAUAAGUGUUAAGUUAUACAGCAGAUUGAGACCUUAAGAAAACUUUUAUGUCAAAACCUUGUCUAGUUGUGGGCAUAUUAUUCACAACCGAGGAACACAACUGUGAACCUCAUUUAGAAGUAACUACAUUGCUGUUUUUCUCUUCAGGUUGAUAAGCAAGAAAAAAAGAAAAAGAGGACAGGUCGUGCUAAGCGCAGAAUGCAGUACAACAGGCGAUUUGUUAACGUCGUUGCUGGAUUUGGAAAGAGGCGGGGACCCAACUCAAAUGCUCCUUGA